CGCGCCGCGGGCGAGGAAGGCCCCCGACGCAGGCCCCGGAUAUUUGUGUCAGCGCCGUCGCCGCCGCCGUCCCAGCCGAUGGGUCGGGGUACACGCUCCCGCUCGCGGUCGGCGGGUCGCAGGGGCCGAAGGCAGCGGAGCCGGAGCGGAAGUCGGAGUCGAAGCCGAAGCAGGAGCCAUGGGCAGCGAAACCGGCGGCGCCGGGACGACGAGGGGCGGCGCAGGCGGCGGAGCCGGGAGCGCAGGUCGGAUUCGGAGGAGGAACGGUGGCAGCGGCGCGGGAGGCCGAGCCGGAGCCCGGCGCCGCGCCGGAGGCGCUCCCAGGACCGGUCCUCUCAGUCCGACUCGGGCGAUGAGCGGCGGCAGCAGCGGGGCGGAUGGGCGCCGCGCCGGCGGACGCGCUCCUGGUCCCCGGGCUCCUCGGCGUCCAGCUCGGCGUCCCCAGCGCGCUCCCGGAGCCCCGGGGCGGCGGCCGCGGCCCUGAGCCAGCAGCAGAGCCUGCAGGAGCGGCUGCGGCUGCGCGAGGAGCGGAAGCAGCAGGAGGAGCUGCGGAAGGCCUUCGAGACGCCCGAGGAGAAGCGCGCGCGGCGGCUGGCCAAGAAGGAGGCCAAGGAGAGGAAGAAGCGGGAGAAGAUGGGCUGGGGCGAGGAGUACAUGGGCUACACCAACACCGACAACCCCUUCGGCGACAACAACCUCCUGGGCACCUUCAUCUGGAGCAAGGCCCUGGAGAAGAAGGGGAUCAGCCACCUGGAGGAGAAGGAGCUGAAGGAGCGGAACAAGCGGAUCCAGGAGGACAAUCGGCUGGAGCUGCAGAAGGUGAAGCAGCUACGGCUGGAGCGGGAGCGGGAGAAGGCCAUGCGUGAGCAGGAGCUGGAGAUGCUGCAGCGGGAGAAGGAGGCGGAGCACUUCAAGACGUGGGAGGAGCAGGAGGACAACUUCCACCUGCAGCAGGCCAAGCUGCGCUCCAAGAUCCGCAUCCGGGACGGGCGGGCCAAGCCCAUCGACCUGCUGGCCAAGUACAUCAGCGCCGAGGACGACGACCUGGCUGUGGAGAUGCAUGAGCCCUACACCUUUCUCAACGGGCUCACGGUGGCCGACAUGGAGGACCUGCUGGAGGACAUCCAGGUGUACAUGGAGCUCGAGCAGGGCAAGAAUGCGGACUUCUGGCGAGACAUGACCAUCAUCACCGAGGAUGAGAUUGCCAAGCUGCGGAAGCUGGAGGCCUCGGGCAAGGGGCCAGGCGAGCGGCGAGAGGGCGUCAACGCCUCGGUCAGCUCCGAUGUGCAGUCAGUCUUCAAGGGCAAGACCUACAGCCAGCUACAGUUCAUCUUCCAGGGCAUCGAGGGCAAGAUCCAGGCCGGGGGCCCCAACCUGGACAUGGGCUACUGGGAGAGCCUGCUGCAGCAGCUCCGCGCCCACAUGGCGCGCGCCAGGUCAGCGGGCGGCGGGCCUCGGCCCUCGGGGUCUCACCUCCGUCGGGGUCUCACCCAGGGCACAGGAGCUGUCUCCCCCAGGCCUGCUGGGCCGGGGCGGGGAGCCACAGGCCAGUGCCCCUGCUGGAAGGCUCAGCGGGCAGCACAGGAAGCCCCCAGGGCCGCCUGUCCCCCGCCGUCCUUCUGCAGGCCCCACACUCUUUGUGUACAAAUUCUCAGCGAGCUUGGCCGUGUAAACACGCGCCUGCUGGCCGCUAACUGUGCGGUCGCCUCUAAAUUUAUCCUCUGCCUCGCCUGCCUGCGGCCUGUUUCCGCCCGGCUGGGCCGUUGCCCGCACGUGGACACCCUGCCGCCUUGUCCCCGGUUCACGCGCCCGCCCGCCGCAGGGGACGCGAGCGAGAGCGCGGAGGACAUCUUCUUCCGGCGGGCCAAGGAGGGCAUGGGCCAGGACGAGGCGCAGUUCAGCGUGGAGAUGCCGCUGACGGGCAAGGCGUACCUGUGGGCCGACAAGUACCGGCCGCGCAAGCCGCGCUUCUUCAACCGCGUGCACACGGGCUUCGAGUGGAACAAGUACAACCAGACGCACUACGACUUCGACAACCCGCCGCCCAAGAUCGUGCAGGGCUACAAGUUCAACAUCUUCUACCCCGACCUCAUCGACAAGCGCGCCACGCCCGAGUACUUCCUGGAGGCCUGCGCCGACAGCAGGGACUUCGCGACGCUGCGCUUCCGCGCGGGGCCGCCCUACGAGGACAUCGCCUUCAAGGUGGUGAGCCGCGAGUGGGAGUACUCGCACCGCCACGGCUUCCGCUGCCAGUUCGCCAACGGCAUCUUCCAGCUCUGGUUCCACUUCAAGCGCUACCGCUACCGGGCCCGGAGUGGGGAGCCAGCCUUGCGGGAGACAGACACCCCGAGUCCGGGGCGCUGCCGGCGCGUGGACACAGCGGGGGCUGCGGGCCGCGCGCUCCGGGCCUUCCCCGGCCGGCCUUCCUCGAGCCGCAGCGCGGGCGUGCAGGAUGUGUCACCGUCCACCAUCAGGUCCAGGAACCGAGGGUCACUGAGACGGCCUUCCUCCCACGUGGGGACAGUUGUGUUCCUUGAAGCCACCCCGGAGCCGCCUGGCUUGUCCCGUGUCUCAGACGGGGACAGCCUCUGGCCUGACAGCGGCCAGGACGGCCCCCCAGAGAGUGACCCGGCCCCCAUGUCAGCAGUGCCACGGCUGACACUCUCCCCAGGGCACUGGUCGCCUCCCAGCCCUGACUUCAGCCUCGGAGGCGUGGCCCGAAGGACUGCGCGGGGCGGGGUCCAGGCCACGCCAGCUAGUCCUGGCGCUGGAGGCCCGGGGACGCGGGGCCAGGCCCAAGUCGGCCCUCCGGCCCCAGCAGCCUCGAAGGCGACCCCAGGCCCGCGGGCCCUGCCCAGCGCCGAGGCCCGGGCGGCCACUCUCCUGCUCUCACGGCCUUGGGCUGGUGGGACCCGGCCGGAGCCCCGGAGCCCGCGCGGCCUCCCCGCGGGCCGGGGGGCGCCCACUGACCAGCAUCAGCCGGGGCGGCCGAGGGGCGUGGCCAGCGCCGGGGGCGGGCUGAUGAGACAGACGGACGGACGGAGGGAGCCGGAGAGAAGCGGACGCAGACAGACAGCGCGCGGUCGGCAGCGCGGACCCCCUCCAGGCCCCGAGGGGUCCUCGCGCCCCCCAACGGCCCCCUCCAGCCCGGGACCCCGCGCACCGGGGCAUCGGGGCCGCCGCGCCCUCCGUCUGAGCCCCAGCGACGUGGCAGCGCCGGGUCCCCUGUGCGCACGCCCCCGCCGUGACUCAGUUUCCCCAGGGGCCCCGGGGCGCCCUGCGCCCCGCGCCCCCCUCCUCCCUUCGCCCUGCGACAGCGCGGCGACCCCAGCACAGGGACCCCAGCGCAGCCCAUCGAUCACCAUCUCCAUGCCCAUCGCCAGGUAA